AUCGCGACUCGUGGGCGUCGCCUGGACAACAGCCGAGGAAGAGCCACGCAUGUAUUCGAUCAAAGCGAGACAACAAAAUGACACUUACGGCGAAGAUUGAGGAUGGCAUCGUGUACUCACCUUAUCCAGAGAUGAAGAAGCCUGACAAUAUAUCCGCCUAUGAGUACAUGGAAGAAUGUAUGCAAAAACACGGAAGGAAAAAUGCCAUUAUUGAUGAAAAGGUUCACCUGAAUUAUCCAGAUUUCUUACGUGAUAUGCAACGUUAUGCAGUAGGCUACCAGUCACUGGGUGUGAAACAGGGAGAACGUGUCUGUUUGCACGUGCCCGUCACUGUAACUGCGAUGCUAGCCGCGUAUGGAGCCUUAGCUGCUGGCGCUGUUGUCGUUCUUGCUAAAACCACACUCACCGACAAAGAGCUUCUGUACAUACUGGAGACCAGUAGAGUAUUAUUUGUCGUAACCGAUGGAAAGAACGCCCAGAAAGUACGAAAUAUCACUUCGCAGCUCAGUCUCAAGCUUAAGGGCCUCUUUGCUGUGGAAGAUUCAGUCAAGGGAUUCUAUUCAGUUUGGAACUUCCAGAACCUCUCCGAAACAUCGUUCAAGAAGUGUGUUAUACAAGACACCAAGACCACGACAGCCGUUCUCACUUACACGUCCGGGACAACGGGUCUACCGAAAGCCGCUAACAUCUCCCAUUACGCGCUGAUUUCCUCAAUAGAAGUGAUGGGGGUCGCGAAAGCAUUCACGAAGGAUGACACUCUGCUGACCUGGAGCCCAAUAACUCAUAUUUCGGGGUUCAUCUUCUGUUUUGCGAGCCUGUGCUACGGUACAACCAUCGUAAUUGGAAAAAGUGGGAUGCCACCAGCAGAUUUCAUACGUGUCGUAAAUGCACAUAAGGUCACGAGUGCGUGCGUCUUCCCCACGGCAUUCCAAAAGAUGGUCUCCGAGUUGGAAAGGCUUAAAGUAAAAUUACCUUCCCUCAAAAAAUUAGUGAUAAGUGGCACCGUACUAACGGCAGCUCUACGUGAGAGGAUCCUUAAGGAAUUUGAGUUGCAUACCCUUCAAAAUGCUUUUGGACUGUCUGAGGCAUCCGGCUGGAUCUGCGUCACUCCUCCUGGAGAGAUCAUUCAAGGGAACACCGUUGGUUAUCCAGUAUCGUCGGGCAAGUGUAAAGUCGUCGACGCUAACACUAACAAGAAGCUCAAAGCAAAUGAAAAAGGAGAAAUCAUGUUUCAUGGGAAUAAUAUGAUGACUUCAUACGACGGCAACCCAGAAGCGACGGCAGCAGCAUUCGACGAGGAGGGUUAUCUACGUACAGGAGAUAUGGGUUACUACGACGAUCAUGGAAGGUUUUAUGUGCUGGACAGGAUCAAGGACAUGAUAAAAUGCAUGGACAACCAAAUUGCUACAGGCGAAAUUGUGAACCUGUUGCUAACCCAUUCUGCAGUCGAGGAGGCGGCUGUCGUCGGAGUCCCACACCCUGACUACGGCGAGGCUCCAACAGCGUUUAUUGUCCUCAAAGCGAAUCAUGCUGAUCCCGAAGAGGUUGUGGCAGAGGAACUCAAGAAACUUGUAAAAGAUAACCUGGCAAUUUACAAGCAACUGUAUGGUGGCGUCGUGUUUCUGGAUGCCCUGCCCAAGACGGAUUCGGGAAAAUAUCGAUGCGUCGAGCUGAGGAAGAUGCUGAUACCCUGAAUGCAACGUUGCCGACCAUACUACCGAAUUCAUACUCAAAUCUGCUAUGGAGGCUAUACUGAAAAGAAAAGAAAAAAAACACGCGCAUUCCGGUUUUAAUGGAUACCGGAAGGAAAAACAUCCUUGCCUAUUUAUAGUCUGUCUUGGAUGUAAAAAUUAUACAAUUUUGUGACAACAAAUUGAUACGAUA